AAGAUAAAUUAGAUUGCGAUCUCUUAUCUACUCUUGGCUCUCUAAAACUGAAACCAUUGCUCUCUCUCUCUCUUCAUCUUCCUCUCUCUGUUAUGGCUGCUUUCUCCACCACUCUGCUGAAAAGCUCACACUCAUGUCUUUCUCCAUUCCCACAAACAUUAGGAAGAAGAAGAAGAACCCAUUUUCAUUUGGAAACCAUUAGAGCCGUACAAUCUACCGAACCUGAGAAAGCAAAGGUAACUCAAACCAAAACUCAAGACUCUUCCUCCUCCCCCUCCUCCAAUGCUCAACCUUCAACUACUACCAAAAUUCCUAAGAAGCCUGUUUAUUCAAUGAAAAAAGGUCAGAUUGUAAAGGUGGACAAAGACAAGUACCUUAACAGUGUAAAUUAUUUAUCUGUUGGGCAUCCUCCUUAUUAUAAAGGACUGGACUACAUUUAUGAAGACCGUGGUGAGGUGUUGGAUUUAAAAAUGUUUGAGACAGGAGAGCAUGCACUUAUUGCAUGGGUUGGUGUCCCAACUGCACCGGCUUGGCUUCCCACAGAUAUGCUUAUCAAGUCAGAGAAACUGGAUUAUGAGAGAUUGUGAUCAAGACUGCAAAGCUGAGUCUUCUUUUGUCUAUUAUGCAUAUAUAGCAUUGGAUUCCUUGAGCUUCGCUCGAUUUAGCAGCUCCGUCAGCAACACAUAUCUGUAUCUUUCCAAACAAAUGUAAUCAUGUUUCCUAACAAAUGCAGUUAUCUGAACUAUCCCACAAUGUUCAUUUGAGACUCCUUUGACCCUUUUGGGUAUAUGAUAAUAUUAUCACACUGUUUUACUUGUA